AUGACAACAUCCACAUUUUUGAAGUCCCCUGCUCUCCAGCAGUUCUGCCAUGAUAAUAAUGCAUUUACCUUAGCAGAUGUUCAUCAAAGUUUGAAUAACACUGAUCGGGUUACUGCUAUAAUUCAAAGACAGAAGCUUUUACAUUUUCCUGAAGGGCAGCACUAUAAUGGAGUUGCCUUUGAAAUGCAGAUCAAUCCUCAGAUCAAGGAAUAUAUUCAGGCAAAGUACCAAGAUGACAGUGAAUUUAUGUUAAUCUGUGCAUUGAAGGAGCAAUUAGAGCUCCUUUUAACACUCAAGUCAUUUGAGGUUGAUAUGUCUUAUAAGCGGCUCAAGGCUGCUAAAUUAAAUGAAGUUGUUUUUACAACUUAUUUACCAAAUCAUGGCAAAAUUAUUACCUUAGUUCGAGUGUUCACCAAUCAAGAGAGCCCAAUUGGAUACUAUCGACUCUUUAAAAGAGUCUUUCAAGUUAUUGCCAAUGUGACUGGACAAUCAGUUUGCUUCUGGCAUAUCCAUCAAGAAGGCUUUCAAGGAAUUAUUUGUGACAUGGAUAAUAAACAAACUAGUGGGCUUGGAAAGUACUUAUAUGAGCUUGAUCCUUCACGUACUACUGAAGAACAUCUUCGUAGUACUAUAGUCUUUUGCCAGGUCCACUUUCAUCGAAAUAUUGUCAAGGCUGUUGGAAAUCAUCCCAAUCAGCAGGGAGUCCGUCAAAGAAUGGCAGGUUUAUUAACCUGUAAAUGUAUGGACGACUAUUACAAAUUACUUGAUUUAUUGCAAGCACAUGAGACUGAUAAUGCUGAUAAUGUCUUCCACUGGGCACAACACAAGCGAGAUCCAGUAAUUGCAGCUGGGUUAAAUAAGCACUGCUCAUUAAUUCCAUCUGAACAUUGGGAUUUUAUCCGAAACUCAACCAAUACUGCAGAGCAAACUCAUAAUAAAUCCUAUGCCUUUGGAAGACAGCAAUUACUACUGCCUGCAGUAAAAAGUGCCUGGAUUCUUGAUAAGCGAGAUAUUCAACAGUAUCUUGGACGUGAAACCUUCAGUAUAUUUCAUGCCAAUCGGACAACUAAUAUGGAAACCCAUUAUUUGCGUCAUAUGCAACGGGAUUGUAAGUACUACAUUAGUAUCUAG